GUGACAUUUUUUUUAUUCCAUCGUUUUCUCCACAGUCAAUACUAAAUAAGUCAUAUUCUUCUCCCUUCUCGCCCUAAGUAUCACGAGCAUCUUUCCCGAUCGAAGCAAUGGCGACGCUCAGAGUUCCACAAGUCGUCCCCUCACCCGCUGACGACUGCGAUCAGCUGCGGAAGGCUUUUGUUGGUCUUGGGACGGACGAGAAAACGAUCAUCUCCAUAUUAGCCCACCGUAAUGCCACUGAGCGCCGCCGGAUCCGUGAAACCUACCAUGAGAAAUACGGCGAAGAUCUCUUUGUUUCUCUUAAGAAGGAGAUCUCCGGCGACUUUGAGAGGGCGGUGACGCUGUGGACACUGGAUCCAGCGGAGCGGGAUGCGAUACUGGCGAACGAGGCGGCGAAGAAAUGGCAUCCAGGGAACCUCGUAUUAGUGGAGAUAACUUGCUCGAGGAGCGCUGGGGAGCUGUUUGCGACUCGGAAAGCGUACCAUGCUCGAUUCAAGAGGUCUUUGGAGGAGGAUGUGGCCGCUCAUACCAAGGGGGAUUUCCGUAAGCUUUUAGUGCCUCUGGUAAACUCCUAUCGCUACGAAGGCCCUGAAGUUAAUAUAAAACUGGCGAAAUCGGAGGCCAAGACGCUACAUAAAGCCAUUUCUGAAAAAUCCUACAGCCAUGAGGAAAUCAUCCGGAUCCUUAGCACAAGGAGCAAGGCUCAACUAAUUGCUACUUUCAAUCAUUAUAAUGAUGAAUUUGGUAAAUUCAUAAGUAAGGAUUUGAAGCAUGAUUCCAAGGAUGAGUUUCUCGCCGCUCUAAGAGCAGUUAUCCGAUCUAUCGUUUACCCAGAACGAUACUUUGAGAAAGUCCUGCGAAAUGCUAUUGCAGGAUUGGGAACAGAUGAAAACGCGCUCUCUCGUGUAAUAACUACACGCGCUGAGGUUGAUCUGAAAGAGAUAGAAGCGGCCUACGCCAAACGAAACAGCAAGUCUUUGGACGCAGCAAUAGCCAAGGAUACAUCUGGAGAUUACGAAGCUUUUCUGCUUGAACUUUUGUGAUCGGAGUAGAUAAUGAGAACUGAAAACACUGUUCCAGUUCUGAUUCUGGCGACGAACUUUAUUGUGUAUUAUGGUGGAACGAGGACUUCUUUUAUUAUGAGCUCGAAAUAAAUUGCCAGGUCAUGCCGUUUUUUCUUUUUAA